AUGUUUAAAGAUGCCAUUCGCAUCUCUCUACUUGUCAAGGAUGCAUCGCACAUCAAGCGCAUCGUUGAAUCAAAUCCCUUGCUGGAGUCGUUUGGCAAUGCGCAAACCGUGCGCAAUGACAACUCCAGCCGCUUCGGGAAAUUUAUCGAGUUGCAGCUCAACAGUGGCUGCCGCUUGGAAGGUUCCAAAUGCAGAACCUACCUCUUGGAGAAAUCGCGAGUAGUUGGUCAGGAUUCUGGCGAGCGAAAUUUUCACAUAUUUUACCAGAUGCUUGCAGCUGAUGCGGAAACUCGCGCGGCGAUUGGUCUGGGUGAUUCAUCGCUGUCCCGCGAUUCGCUCAGAUAUACUAGUUUGGGUGCUUCCAAGACCGAUGCUAUCGAGGGCAAGAGCGACGCCGAGCGUUUUCAAGGCACUGUUUCAGCUUUGGCCCUGCUCUCCAUUGAUGGGGACAAGCUCACGCGCUUGCUGCGGACACUGGCUUCCGUGCUCUUGCUUGGACAGCUGGAGUUUGCUGGAAGCGAGGAGUCCUCCAAGCUGUCAGACUGCGCUGGGCAAGCUGCUGCAGCGGCCGAGGUGCUGGCUGUCGAUGUCGCUGAGCUGGAGCAAUCGCUCACACACCGCACCCUACGGAUGCGGAAUGAGGUGGUUGUGAAGCAACUCCCGCCAUCCAGUGCCACUGGCAAUCGUGACGCGCUUGCGAAGGAGAUAUACGCAAGAGUGUUUGAUUGGCUUGUUGAGCAGAUAUGCCAAGCAACUGGGGCGCCGCCGCAGAGUGCCCUCAACUUUGUAGGCUUACUGGACAUCUUCGGGUUUGAGUCCUUUGCGAUAAAUCGGUUCGAGCAGCUUUGCAUAAACUAUGCCAACGAGAAGCUGCAGCAGAAGUUCACACACGAUGUCUUCAAGGCCGUCCAGCAGGAAUACACUGCUGAAGGCAUCCCAUGGGAUCGCAUCGAAUUCAAGGACAACGCCCCCAUUCUGGCCUUGAUCGAGUCCAAGCUGGGCAUUGUGGCCAUGCUGAAUGAAGAAUGUGUUCGGCCAAAGGGGUCGAAUCAGAACUUUGUGUCUAAGCUGCUCUCAGUGCACAAAGAAGAUGCAGCUUUCUCAGUGCCCAAGCUGGGCAAAAUGAGAGAGUUGCAAUUCUGCAUCCGCCACUACGCCGGUGAGGUGAUGUACACAGCAGAUGGAUGGCUAGACCGGAACAACGACACUGUUUCGGAGGACGUCAUCAGCCUCAUGCGGGGCUCGGGCAACGAGCUUUUGGCAUCAUUGUUUACAGAGGAGUCCAAAGCCAAGCGGGACACUGUUGUCACCAAGUUCAAAACAUCACUUGCGCAACUGAUGGAAACCAUUGGGCAGACAACCACUCAGUACGUCAGGUGCAUCAAGCCCAACCAGAACAAGUCACCCAAAGAGGUCAACAACGAGAUGGUUGUUGAUCAGUUGCGCUGCGCGGGCGUCAUCGAAGCUAUCCGCAUCUCUCGGGCAGGCUUUCCAGCGAGGAUGCCUUUGAAGGAUUUCGCUCAGCGCUUUCGCUUACUGGUGCAGAGAUACUCUGCGGCUUCUUUGGCGCGCCACGCAGAGAGAACUCCAGCGGCCCUUGAUGGCGACGAUGCAGCGACCUGCCAGAAGCUGCUGGGCGCGUUGGUGAAAGAUGCGGAGAAGUAUCAGGUUGGUCGCACGCGUGUCUACUUCAAGAGUGGUGUUCUGGAGUCGUUGGAGGAAAGGCGUGCGUUGCUGAUGCAAGCGGCAGCAGUCGAGCUUGCGCGCAUGGUGCGUGGUCACCAAGUCAAGAAGCAGUUCCGACAGAUGCAGCUGGUGGCCAGGUGCACGCAAGCCAUGUGGAGGAUGACAGUCGCCAGGGCUGCUUUUCAGCGACUUCGACGGGUUGCUGUGUUUAGUCAAGCAAGGCGCCGCGCUGUUCUGGCAUCCCGGAGGCUGCAAGCAUUACGGCGAGAGAAGGCUGCCACAGCGCUGCAGGCGGCUUGGCGCCGGCGGGGUGCGAUGAGGGAACUGGCGACAGCAAGGAAGGGAGCAAUUCGCUUGCAAGCUAUGGCAAGGCGCUGGCUGUGCAGACGACACUACAUUGUGAGUUUGGCGGAGUUCAAAGAACAGGCCAAGCUCGAAAAUCAGGUGAAAGCUCUGAAAGCCAAGCUGGAGGCACAGGAACGUGCAGCGAGUGCGACAUCAGCCACUUCAUCCGAGGCAACACAGGCGCCGGCUGAGAUUCUCGAGGCCCUCCAAGCCCUGGCGGCAGAGAAUGCGAAGCUUCACAUGGAAAUCGACAAGCUUCGUGCUGAGAACGACAAGCUACGUCGCCAGAACCACCAGUUGCGUGCCUCGGAAACGACGAGGGGCGCCUGGCUGCAAUCCUUCACACGUUCUCGAAAGCACAUUGAUGAUGACCGGUCGGUCGGCAGAGACAACGCCUCUGAAUGCGAAAAAGAGGACCACGGUACCCUCACGCCUCGGGCUUUUGCAACGACAGCACCGGAGACUCCUCAGCAGGUGCUGUCUCUGCAGCUGUAUCCACCGCUCAACGAGUUCUGGGAGGACGUGCCAUGCAAGGGCAUCCCAUAUCUGCAGACGGGCUCCCUUGUCCACGUCAAAAUGGGUCCCAACAUCCUCUUGGUGGACCUGCACGGAAAAAGCCUGGUGUGGCAGGCCUGGAUGUGCAACCACAGCGGCUAUCGAAGCAGCAUGGGCUUUAUCGUGGAGCGCUGUGUCGAGCAGAAGCCGAAGCAAAAGCGAUUCUCUCUGCUGGGCAGCUCGCCAAAGGACGAGCGGGCCUGCCAGGAGGGGAACAUUGGUGAAGCGUUCGUGCUCCGAUCAAGCUGGACCAAGAAGUACGUCAAGAUUGGAGGGCUUCUCGAUUGGUAUGCUCUGCAAGUUUCAGGCCGCAGUGCCGAUGAUGCGGCUGUGUUCACCUACAAGCCCUUGCACUCCGGGGAUUCCAACAACGAGUCUUACAGCUUCGCGUUGAAGCUGCAUGGGAAAGACAAAUACCUAAGCCUCCAGCCCGAUGGCUCGGUUUCAGUGGACAAAGUAUCCGAUGAUUCCGUGGGCAACAACCACAGCCUCAUAGCAGGUUUCGAAUGCCUGCUGCCGGCCACAUCCUAUGACAUAGUCAUCUAUGAACAGCAAAUCGGUUUAACCGUGAGCAAGGACUUGCCGCUGAGAGUGGUUGGCUUCAAAAACGUGGUGCACUCGGGACGACCCCCGGAGGCAGGCCCUGCUGAAGCAAGUGGCCGCGUGCGGGUGGGUGAUGUGAUCACCUCUGUUAAUGGACAGGACGUGACGAAAUGGGAGCGUCAGGCUGUGCUCAGCCUUAUUAACGAGAAGCGGCCAGUCACCCUUCGAUUUCUCUCGAUUGAUCCAACAUGA